AUGAGCCAGGUGGCGACCCUUGGCUCAACUCGUCGAACUCAUCCCAGCAAGGGGAGGUCUGGCCUCCGGCCCGACGUUGCGCGGCUGGAGAGGUUUCUGCAGGAAGAGAUGAGGCGGAUUCUGGAUCAAGAUGGCUGUCCCACUGCCCAAGAGUUGGUGGCACGAUGCGUUCUGGAGUUUCCGGAAGCGCUGAAUCUGGGGCUGGAAAGUCUCGCAGAUCAUUUGGUGUCCUUGCGCACGCUUGUGCGGAAGGAGCAGGCACUGAGGCAGUUCCUCCUUUCCGUGCGCUCACUUUGCUCUGUUUGGUCGGUGAGGGAUGCCGAACGGGCCUUCCUUGCAUCGUCUUUCAUGAAGAAGUCUUUCGAUGUAGCAGAAUGGAAGAGCUUGCUGCUUGGACCUUCCCUGUCCAAGCAUCCAGCCUGGAGCGAAGUGUUUCGCGAGUUUGAAAUGCCACAGCACAAGUGGAUGCAGUAUGACGUGCCUCCAGACGAAUUGUCGGAUGCUGUGACGGCGAUGGAACUGCUUUUCGAACACCGAGUGGAAAGUUCCGGGAUGGAUGGCGCAAUUGACUUCACGAAGGAGAUCAAGUUCGAGGAAUUCGAACGUUGGCUUCUCGCACGCGGCAUGAUCUUGGAAGACUGCGGGGUUUGCAUCAACAAGCACAAGUUCGGUCUGAUCAUGGGCAGCAUGAACGGGGCCCUGGCGCAUGAGCAUCGUCUUCAAAAGGAAGCAGAAGAGCGUUAUUUGGACAAGCUCUUGCAGCAUGCUGAGGAGGAGGUCCACAAAGAGACUGCCAGGCUGGCAGAGGUUGAUGACGAGGCAGCAGCAUUCCGCUUGCGCUGGCAUCGGGUAGCAAGGACCAGAUCAAGAUCACAACUGGCUGGCGACCUUUGCCUGUGGGCAAAGCACAAGCUCGGCUGUGAUGUACACCCGCUCAGGCCAAUGGCUGCUGCCUUAGCCAUGGAGCUGAGGGCUGAGGCCACGGAGGAAGAGACGGAGGCGGCGUGCGUCUCCCCCAUGGAGCUGGAGGAGACGGUGCGGCGGCAGCUGGCCGCGACGGAGCCGGGGCUGGCGGGGCUCCUGAAGUUGGAGCGCGGGGUGCUGGGGGCCGCGUCCAUGGAGCAGCUGCUGCCCGGCGAGGGCUCCUUCCUGAACUUUUUGGUGCAGAAGCAGGAGCUCCGCGUGCUGGUGGAGGAGGUCCUGGCGCCCCAGCACCCCAAUCAAGCGCAAGCGCGCGCCAAGGAAGGAGGAGACGCCGAGGGUUUGGGCGCGGCCGCGGAGUCCUCGGAGCUGCGGGACUCGCGGGACCUGGACGCGGCGCUGCGUGAGCUGAAGCCCGGCUGCGCCGUGGUGGACGUGGAGCUGGCGGCCAAAGCCCAGCAGCGGCUCCGGCGCCAGGGCCUCGAGGCCUCGGUGCUGGAGCUGCUGGGCACGGCGCCCGAGCGCUCGGCCUUCGGCAGCGGCUGGGCCACCCGCAUCAAGGAUGUGAAGGCGUUUCACUUGCUGCAGACCCAUGUCAACCUGGUCCUUCGCACUGCAGGCCCUGCUGCUCUCAAUUACCACUUUGGGGAACGUAGUGCCCUCGCACUUGGAGCUUGCCCGCAAGACGACAAGACCCUGGUGCCUCAACUGUCGCACCUCUUGAACUCCGGUUUGCACGUGGAGGCGCACGCUUUGUCGCAACUUUUGGCAGCACGGAGGAGCGUCGACCUUCCAGCUGAGCGCAAAAAUGACACAGAAGCAGAGGCUGCUGCCAAAGCUGCUCAAACGUUGCUCGAGGGCCAGAAGCCGACCGUCUCUCAAAGCAUGUUCCAUCGGCUUCAUGAGCCACCCUUGGCCGGUCACGUGACAGCCGAGAAGGCCUUGGACGCCUUGGCAGGCUUGGCUUUCCUCGAGGAUGCGGAAUCGAGUCUUUGCUGGCAGGAGCUGUUCGCCCCCAGCUUGGGCUCCUUGCCGGAAUUCUUGUGCCAGCAAGCGGAGGAGGGUCAGUUGCUGAAGCGCGACCUGAAGUUCCUGGUGCUGGCGCCCACGGCCCUGGGCUGCGCCGGGCUGCUGCCCCGCGUGGCGCGGCUGCCGCCGGCCUCCGCGGAGGCCUUCGCCGCCGCGGUGGCCGCGGGCGCCGCGCGCCGGGCGGCGGCGCAGCUGGCGGCGCUCUGCGUGGAAGAGCCCGGGGAGGUCCAGGCACUUGUGUACUAUUUCAAGCUGGGCCUGAAAGACUUGAAAUCCCGCCUCUCGGCCACAACCAGCAGCUCAGAGCAGCCCAGCGCAGCGGUCUGCAGCGCACUCGCCGUGUCGCUGCUGAAGGCUCUGCCAGCGGGGCUGCGUGCCAUGCUGGGGGCCUUGGUGGUGCUGCCGUGCCUCAAGGAAGAGCUGGGCUGGGCAGAGGCCUGCUGCACUGCAGCCCUGCGCCUGGGCUGUCGGCCCAUGCUGGCAGCUCUCGCGCUGCACUGGGACGUGCCGCUGUGGGGCCUGGAGCCGCUGCCGCCGCCGGCCGCGGACUCGGAGGACUUUUUCCGGGCGCUGGGAGUUGACUCCAGGCGCUCCGCAGAUGCCAACGAGGCGCAGGGAGCGGACGGCGCCGUCACGAGGAACUUGGGGGCGGAGUCUGGGGAGGCCGCCGGCGCCCUGCCAGCGACGCCUGGGACAGGUGAGACACAAGAAGUGGAGCCGUUGGUAUGCCCAACGGCGUUGGGGGAUGACGAGAAAUGCGAAUUUCUGCAAAGUAUCCGGGCGGGCUUUUGUCUGGAUCAGCAAGACGCUGCCCAGCUACAGCGGAACUUGGGAGGGGCUUUGAAGCGGCUGGGGGAUGAUUUGUACAGGGAGCAGCACCACUUUGUCUUUGAGCUGCUUCAGAAUGGCGAUGACAAUGAGUAUGCCGAAGGAGUGGUGCCUUGUUACCAGCUGAUUCUUUGUGAAGAUAUGUUGGUGGCGCUCUCCAAUGAAGUUGGCUUCAGUCAGGCCAACGUGGACUCACUCUGCAGUGUGGACAGCUCAACAAAGCCUCGUUUGGACGACGGCGAGGAACGCAUUGGCAAGAAGGGCAUUGGCUUCAAAUCAGUUUUCAAGAUCACCGACACACCCACUAUCCACAGCAAUGGCUGGCAUUUCCGCUUCAAUGCAAAGCUGAAGCUGGAAAACGUCAACAUCAAAGAAUUGGGCUACAUCGUCCCGGAAGCCAUGCCUGCGGGCGACAUGAUGUUCCCAUCUUGGAGAACAGAGAUCCGGCUGCCCUUCAAGCCAGGGCUGGGCAACGAGGAGCGCAACAUUCUGCAGCAGGACUUUCGGGCCUUGGAUGGCACCCUCCUGCUGAACUUGAACAAGCUGAAGCGUCUGAUCCUCGAGUGCAGCUCGGACGCGAUGGAUUCAGGCUCGGGCGACUACCGGAGCCUGAAGAGCGAGGACCUCUGUGACCCACAGCCAGUCAGCAGCGCAGAGGGAGAGGUGAAGUGGAACUUGGUUCGCAUCAGCGACGGGCUGGUGCGUGACUGGCUUUGCGUGGAGGGGGCUUUCCCAUUCCGAGCCACGGAAAGAGGAAGACUGGUGAGGAUGAAGGUUUCUUUUCCGCUGCCGCAAGGCGGCGCCGACAAGUGGCUUCAGGAGGAGCUGCCGACGCAGCAGACCUUCUGCUACCUUCCUUUGCGCUCCUUCGGCUGGAAGUUUGUACUGCAUGCCAACUUUGACGUCACAGCCUCACGGAAUGAGCUGCAUAGCAGCAGCCCCUGGAAUUUGCGCAUCAAGGAACUGCUGCCCAAGCUGCUGGCCGUGAGUGGCCGGAUCCUGCAGGAGCACCUCAUGCCUUGCUCCCAGCCGGAGAAUGAGCCGGAGGCAAGGGAGCACGCAGCUUUUUACGCCCACGUGCCCUACAGCUACUUCCUUCGCUUUAUGCCGCUGCCGGGCGAGUUGGGUGGCAGCGGCCUCAACAGCGACUUCUUUGCGGGCAGCGAGGGCCACAUUUGGCAGCGCCUCCGCCGGGAGAGGUGCGUCCUGUCAGAUGAGGGCGUUUGGAUGGAGCCCCACCGUGUGUUCCAGGCGCCUGACAACAUGAAGCAGGUCAUCUCCUCUGGGCAACUCCAGCAAUUCCAUGAUGGCUUGUGCUACCUGCACUCCCAAUUUGUGGGCCUGUCGCACGAGACUAUGCACCACUUGGGAGUCAGGACCUUAGAAGCAGCCUUCGAUGUUCUCUUGACGGUGCUGGGCCGCAUGGCUGCAGAGAAGAAGUUGGGAGCCUCCUUCGUGCGGCGUGCUUUGGCGCUGGCCUAUUCUUUGAUUUGGGCAUCCUGGCAGGAAGCCUUGCCGAACGACCCCGGGGACCGCUUGAGGAAGUUGGGCGCGCUGCAGAUUUUGCCCGUGCAGGGCGACGCGGAAGUUCUCCAUGGUGCUUCCGCGGUCGGGUUGUUCCUGCCGGAAACAAGUGGAUGCUUUCCAGAGUCCCUGAUGAGCGCUUUAGAAAUUCAAAUCCUGCUGCCGGAGCUCUUUGAAGGUGAGGAGGGCCGCUUGGCCCGGCGGAUCUUGGAGCAUGCUGGAGUUCGCAGCUUGACCCCCAGCGCAAUCAUUUGGGAUGGCGUGAUCCCAUUGCUGGCGAAAACCCGCUGCCCCAAGACGGUGGCAUUGUGCUUGGCGUUUUUGGCUUCGCGGCCGUUCUCUGACUUUGAGGAUGGGAGGAAGAAGACGAGUGUCGAAUCUGCACUCCAGACUGCUCUGAAGGUUCCAGUGAGACAUGGUUCUGGUGAAGUCACUCUCUCGGGCCUGCCAGAGCCCAUGCUUCUGGGAGAAGAGUUUCACAACAUUCUGGCCCAGGAAGCCAUCGACGCCGAGGUUUCGCAUGCGCAUGAAGUUUUGGCUGGUGCCUCGUCGCGCUCUGACCAUCCUUGCGUAGAAGCGCCGCUGUUGCUGACUGCCGCAGCCGAGAUUGGGAUACAGGCAAGUCAGGUGGCAAGAUUCCUGGUGCAGCAUUGCAGCGUGACCAUGGGCCACUUUCCCGUCCUGACGCGAACUUUACAGGUGCCUGUGCAAGAGAUUGCGCACCAUUCCCCCCACCUGGCGGAGACUGUGGCUGAACUGGUCCAAGAAGAGGGCGACGCCUCUGCGAUCCAACUGCGAGACGCUGAGUCGCCCAGCCUCACGGCCAUGUUGAGCCGGCAGCUCGACGUGCAGCUGCUGGUGGCCUCCUAUGUCUUGGAGCUGCAGAGGCACAUGACGGCCACCCUGACGUUGAAGAGCUCCAAGAAGUGCCCGCCGUCGGCCCUUGCCACGGAGCUCAUGCGACGCCCCUGGGUCCCCUCCUCAUCUGCCUUAGCCAAGCCGGGGGACACGCGCUUCUUGUGGGACACGCCGGAGCUGCCAGGAUUGACAGGCAAGCUGAAGCCCCGCGUGCUCGCGGUUCUGCAGCCUCACGUUCCCAUUGUCAGGGACGAGAACCUCUCCGGGGGCUUCCGCAAGUUGCUGCAGCAGCUGGGCUCCAAGCAGCUUGCCUCCAGGGAUGUCCUGCAGCUGCUGCGGACCUGGUCUGAGUCCAGGACGGAGAUCACUGAGGGUGAGAUGACAGUAGUUUACGAGAGUUUGCACACCUUGCACAUCCACAAUCGGACUACCGACGUGGAGGAAGCUUUCCAGGCCAACGCCGAAAGGCUGAUAUUUGUGCCUUUGGAUGCCAAAUUGACAAAGAGGAACAACAGCGACUCCAAUAGGAUGCACGGUAAAUGGGUGGCUGCCUCAUCUUGCUGUAUCCUCGAGGACAGGCAGUUCACCAACAGGGUUGGCGGGCACUUAUCGCAGCUCCAAGCCGUGAGGGAGCUGGAGUUGCACUAUGCUAAAGUGCUGGAGGCUCCCUUUGUUCGGUUCGGCAUCGAAAAGUUCCCGACGGAAGAGCAUCGGAUCCACAGCAUCGCUGCUGCAGCAUCAAGCAAGGAGUUCAACAAUGCCAUCAGGAUUGCCGAGACACUUCUGGCACAGACCUUUGAGUGGGCAGGGCCAGGGCAGGAGCGCCGCCGCGGCGAGCCGCUGGACCCCGAGCACUGCCGGACUCUGCGCCGCUGCUUCUCCAGACACCGCUCGCUGCCCACCCAAAACCACGGCUGGGUCGCAUGGCACGACGGCUGUGAUGAGCAGCCAGGCGCCGUGGAGGUGUGUCUUCCCUCCCAGCAGGCUCAUGGCAAGAAAGUGCUGCAUGCGCGCCUGCAGCGCUUAUUUGGAGUCUUUUUGGAGCUGGGUAUGAAGCGGGCAGAAGAAGCGGAGGCUGAAGAUGCUGCAGCCGCAACGGCAGACUCUGUUCCCAAAGCUGCUGAAACUCCAAGCUGCGAGGUGACCAACGAAGGCAACGACUCAGAAGCAGGCGAUGUACUUCGUCAGGCAAUGGCCUACGUCCAAUGCUGGCUGCACAUUGUGCACCCGCAAGUGUACCAUAUCCUAAAUACCAGGGCUCCCGCGCUUCAUUCACUCGUCAUGCGCGAGGCAGAGGCACUCCAGAUAGCAGGACGCAAGGUGUCAGCUUUCAUGUCGGCUGAGUCGGCAACAUUGUUCUUGGAUUCAACCAAGCGGGGUAGGGACAUGCAGCAAGCUCUGCAACUGUUGUUGGGGCACCCGCGUGGGUUGAGAUUGCAAAGGUCAGAUGAAGUGGGAGCGAAUGCGGAAAUGUUGGGGACGGAAGUUCUCAUCCGCCUGGCUGAAAGCGAGCGUCCUGGUCGAGCGGCAUUCAACGUUCUCUGCGAGUUUGGGUAUGAGUGCCCAGAUCCGCCGGCCUCGUUGCCAUUGGCCUGGUGGUUUGGAAAGCCUCCUUUGCUGGUGGAGGAGGCUCCGCCCACUGUCGCCACUGGAGCGCUGGCCCCAGGCACAGGGCGUGGUCGCUGGACGCGGCACCUGGGCGUUGAGGAUGCAAAGGACCGGAUAGCCGGCUCAGGGUCAACCCCUUCGACUGGGCCAGGGCAUGUCGCUGGGCCGGCUGGGCCGGCUGGGUCUGCUGGGCCUGCUCCUGGUCCCGACAGCGAGGUGGACUGUUGGUCCGCGCGGCGCAGCGCGGAGGUGGUGCGCAGGUCCUCCGACCUCGCCGGCUCGAGCUUCGGAAGCGUGUCUGGCGAUCAAGGGGCCGGCCAAGCAACGCGGGCGCAGGCUUGGGCUGCCCUGCAGGCGCAAGAACUCGACAAUGUCAUCCAGCACUUAGGUUUGGGCCGCGGCUCGGCUGGGUUGAGUUGCUCCAGGGCUUCGUCGCAGCUGCGAAAGGCUGACAGCCAUGCGAGAGAGGAGAGGCAGGAUUUGGAGGCGCUGUCGCAGCACGCGGCGCAGCUGCGGGCGCUGGCGGCCGCCGGGGUCUUGGGGGAGGAGAGGGGCGGCCCAGUGGCGCCCUGGGCGGCGCAGCGGCCGGGCGAAGUGCUGCAGGGCUUGGAGGAGCAGCUGUCGCAGCACUGGACCUUCCAGCAUUUGCCGAAUUUGGAUGAGAUGCAAGGCCUUCCAGAAGAUGCCCCGGGAGAAUUGGGCGUGCCCACCGUAGGACGGUUAACAGCAGAUGAUGAGAGGAAGGUGGCUACAUGGGGUGAACAAUGGGUCUUCAAAACACUUCGGAGGAAAUACGCGCAUGAUCCAGAUGUGCUGGUGCGUUGGCUGAAUCAGAGUGAUGAGCAAUUCGAAUUCUAUGACAUCUCAGUGGUUCAUCCAGAUGGAAGACAGGACUUCUAUGAGGUGAAGUCCACCAUCACGCGCGACAAGCGACUGCUUGAGGUCUCUGAGAAGCAGGUCAUCGAAGCCUCCCUUCUCAAGAGCCGCUUCAACUUGGUUCGCGUGUUUGGUGCGGGCAGCAGCUCUGCGCGGAUGCUUUUGGUCCCAAAUCCCAGCGCGCAAUGCCUUCGCAAGGCUCAGAGCGGCGUAGAGCUGCUCCUGAAGUUGCCCUGA